UUGAGAUAUGGAAGCUGGUGAUAAUGAAAGCUCAAGCUCAUUUCCAAUUGGGGAAACUGCACAAGAGAAGGGGCUGUCAUAUGUCCCAAAGUGUUACAUGAUGCCACCUUCACAAAGGCCUAGUUUAAAGUCCGAGUUUGCAAAUGUCCCUGUGGUUGAUUUGGCCAGUAUGAUAGAAGAUAAACCCCUAGAGAGGUCGAUAAUCAUCCAAGAUAUUGCUAAGGCUUGUCGUCGCAAUGGUUUCUUUCAAGUUACCAACCAUGGAAUAUCUCAAUUUAUAUUGGACGGGGCACUUUCAGCCGCGUUUGGUUUCUUUGACUUGCCUGCUGAGGACAAAGAAAAAUUUAUGUCGAAUGAUGUGUACAAGCCGGUUCGUUAUGGAACAGGCUUGAAGGACGGUGAAGACAAGGUUCUGUUCUGGAGGGUCUUCCUCAAGCAUUACGCAAAUCCUCUCAAUAAUUGGAUUAAACUGUGGCCUGAAAAUCCACGGGACUACAGGGAAAAGAUGGGGAUAUAUGUAGAGGAAGUACAAAAGUUAGCCAUCAAGAUCAUGGGCAUGAUUAGGGGUGGCCUAGGACUUGGUCCAACAUAUCUAAGCCAAAAUGUAAAAGAUGGAAUGAAUGUAAUUGCUGUCAAUUGUUAUCCUCCAUGCCCACAACCAGGCCUUGCACUUGGGCUGCCCCCACAUUCAGAUUACAGUAUCCUUACAAUUAUCCUUCAGAGCUCAGCGGGACUAGAAAUUUUGGACACACAAGAAAAUGAAUGGAGGGCAGUCCAAGAUCUUCAAGGUACACUACAAGUCCAUGUGGGUGACCAUCUUGAAGUAUUGAGCAAUGGCUUGUACAAAAGUGUGGUGCACAGGGUUACAUUAAACUCUCACAAGACAAGAAUUUCAGUUUCUAGCUUGCAUAGCUUGGGAAUGGAUGACAAAAUGAAGACAGCUAAAGAGUUAGUUGAUGAUGAACAUCCAGAGAGGUAUAAAGAAAGCAGCUUCUCAGAUUUUCUCAAAUUUCUGCAUGAGAAUGACAUUGGACAAGGCAGUAGCUUCCUCGUGACACUCAAGAACCACUAGUAUGUUGGCUUAAAUUCUUAAAAUAAACAUAGAAUAAAAAGGAAACAGAGCAAUGAAUUGUAUAAUGAGUUUAUUUUUUCUUUCACUAGCUACUUUAAAUUCCUUGGCUUUAUAUCAAAGAUCAUCUUUCCCUCUGUUUUUUCUUUUUCCUAUGUCUUUAUUAGUUUCAGCGGCUAUAAGCUAUAUCUAUUACUAAUACUAGCGGUACUAUCUAUG